CACUUGCCGCUUCGGUCUAACGAGCUUGCCGCUUCUUCGCGAGCUUCCGCUACAUUUUUAUCUCGCAACGAACGAUUGUACUGUAGUUUGCCGCUCUUCGAGCCCAGAACUCGAAAUUCGUUACUGUGUAUAAGAAACGGUCGGCGAAUGAUCCGUCACGCACCGGACCAUCCUACUACCUAGUAGACCAGACUUCGCUAGAUUAGAGGCGACUUUUGAGUCGACGCAAAAGGCAGCUUGGACCAUCCUACUACUUAGUGGACCAGGCUUCGCUAGAUUAGAGGCAGCGGAACACACGCAUGGUCACGCGCCGAUCCGUCGUACAGCUUCAACACAUACUCGGGUAUUCGAGAGUCUCAAAACGCGCACCGAUUCUUCGUGCAGGCUCACUAUGCCCUUGAAGAGUCUGGCUUAGCUUCAUGGCUCCCCAAUCUAGAGUUUAGGAAUAAAGGGCCUAGUUCCAUGUCGCUUUGAGCAUCGCUCGAAGGCGAGAGUGUGCAGGCAAACUGCUCGCAAUCAGUUGGCGUUCGCGCGGUGAAAGAAAGCCUAGUUCCACGUCACUUUGAGAGCUUUAUAAAACGCCCAGCACAGCAUGGCCGGAGCCGACGACUCCGGUGACUAUAUCGAGAGCCCCGAGGAUCCCCGAAAAGUCGCCCCGAGUGAUUUCCCGUCUUUCGCGUCGGCUCGCAGAGAAUUCCCGCAUUUCACGCCGACAGCUAAUCCUAGUAGUAAUAGCCGGCGGUCCCAACUGUUCCCGAUAUUCCCGGUCGGCCAGAAGCCCGCGUCCGUCAAUUCCGUUUCCCAGGAAGACGGAAGUGGUAACGGAGGUGGUUUGCGAUUGCACGAGAUGACGGAAUCUGUUAGCGUCCCAGUUACCGUCCCAGUUAACGGCGCAGGAUCUCUGUUCCCGAUUCCUGGUGCAUUCCCGCGAGACCGGUCGUCGCGUGACGGUCCCGCCGGUGCGAAUCUGCCUGACGCUGAUUGGCUGACGAACUCCUCGUUUUCGGCCAACCUUCUCCCGGCUGCAGAGGCUGCUCGGCGCGCAGCGGUGGAAGCAGCUCGGCGCGCUGUGGGGGGGCGCGGAGAGGCGGUGGUGCGGAGAGUGAGGGUACGAGAAAGGAAAGGAGGAGGAAGGAGAAGGGGAAGGAGAGGAAGGAGAAACGGGACAAGACAAGCAAGAGCCGACACGAGAAGAAAAGGAGAAAGAGGAGGAAGGGAGGCAAAGGAGGUUCUUCGAGUGACAGUUCAGGGGGUGACAGUAGCGAGAGUGGGGACUCUAGGGGGGAAGGAGUAUGUGAUCGAUGCCAAGGGCGACAGGGACAACUAUGCCUUUGGGUCGCUGUACAGGUUGAAUGUUGCCAGGUAUUUCGCCCACCCAACCGCCGCCACUGCCACCACCGCCUCCCCCUCCUCCCCCUGGGCGCUGGCCUUCGGUGCUGCGGGCUCCUCCACCCCCAUCCCCGUCCUCCGCGCCCCUGCUUGGCCCGGCCUCAUGCAGUCAAAGAGCAGAGGAGGAGGAGCAGCAGAAGGAGUGGGGGGGUUAGGGGUGGACGACAGAGUUCGGGGAGGGGUGGAGGAGGGAGGAGAAGAGGGAGGGAGAGAGGGAGAGCUGAGCAGAAGAAGAAGUGGAGCUAGUGAUGGCUAUGCUGCCACUGAUGGUGGUGGUCCUGGUGCUGCUGCUGCUGCUGGUGGUACUGGUGCUGCUGCUGCUGCUGCUGGUACUGGUGCUGCUGCUGCUGCUUCUCCUGGCGCCCCCCCCACCUCCCUGCCUUACAAAAUCGGGCGAUUCGCGUCUGAAACAGACCAAGGGGCCAGUGAGGACGACACCGACGGUUUCCUUCCCCUAGAACCUCCCUUGCCCCCCCCAUCAUCAACCCGUGGCGUUAAACCCCUCACAAGCGACAGCACCAGGGAGGGGGGACGAUGUCGGAGAAAGCAGCAGGGGUGGGAGGGACGGGAAGGGGAGGAGGCGGAGGUGGAGGAGGGCGAGACGUGGGACGAGCAUGUGUUCCGCCGCACGAGGGAGUUUAAUGAGGAGACGAGAAAGCGGCCGCUGGACGAGCACCUCUGGCUGCAGUUUGUUGCUUUCCAGGACGAGGCGGCGAAGGGCGGCGGCGGGCGGCACCGGGCGGCCGUGCUGCGGCAGGUGACUGAGAAGAAGGUGGCUGUGUUGGAGCGAGCGCUGGAGCACGUGCCAGACAGUGAAGCGGUGGUUCUCAUGUACCUGCACACAUGCAGUGGCCGUGAUGACGCCACUACACUAGACGCCAAGUGGCGCAGUGCCAUUGGCCGGAGCCCUGCCAGCCCGAACCUCUGGCGGGGCUACAUCCGGUGGCAGAGGGGGCAGUUUGCCACUUUCACGGUGUCCAAGAUCCGAGAGACCUACAUUGCUGCCAUUCGUGCGUUGGUUGGGAGAAGGAAUCAGCUGUGGAGACUGCUUCAGCAUAAGCCCAACGACCCAAUCAAAACCCGCCACCUGGCAGCCUCUGAAAUCGCAGCAGUUGACAUGCUUCUGGAGUCAUGCCGCUUUGAGCACCAAUCAGGGCACGCUGAGCUGGCAGUGGCGCUGCUGCAGGCCGAGACGGAGUACGCCGUCCGGCCGCCGCCCCUGCCCUUGUCGUUUUCUGAGGGGAGCAAGCUGAGGGAGGAGGGGUAUGGGAUGGGGGGAGAUGGAGGGAAGGGUGAGGGGGAGGAGGAGAAAGAGGAGGAGGAGGAGGAGGAGGAGGAGGAAGAGGAGGAUAGGGGGGGAUGGACUGGUUGGCAAGAGGUUGUGAGGAAGGGAGAGGGUGGGGAGAAAAGGGAUGCAGGGGAGGGAGAGGGAGAGGGAGAGGGAGAGGGGGAGGAGGUGAAAGAGGGGGAGAAGGGGAAGGGAGAAGGGGGAGGCAGAGACGACAAGGAGGAGGAAGAAGAGGACGAGGAGGAGGAAGAAGAAGAGGAGGAGGAGGAGGAUGAGGACCUAGAGGCAGAGCUCAUGGAACGGCUUAAACUGGGGAAGGGCGGAGCUGGUAGUGGUGGGAGUGCAGGUGGUGGUAGCAGUGGUGCUGGUGACGUGGCGGAGGAGGAUUGGGUGAAGGACCCGGGCGUGUGGCAGCGGUGGGCGGCGGAGGAGAGGAGGAGGGAGAGCAGGCAGUGGCGGCCAAUGAGAGCCACAGGAAAGGGGAAAGGGGCUGAAGACAAGGAAGAGGAGGAGAAGGAGGAGGAGGAGGAGGAGUUGGAGCGGGUGGUGGAGUAUGAGGACAUUCGAAGCCGCAUCUUUUCUCUGAACUCAGAGGCGGCAAAGCGCCGAUUGCUGCUGGCUGCUGCUGCCUUCUUCGAUGCGCCCCUGCCCGCAUGGCGCAGCACCAACGACAGCAGCUUCCUGGAAGCAUCGGAAUCACUACAGAGUGUCCCACGCUCCAUUACCACACCCUUUCGAGCUCCAGCUGUUACUUCAGGUGCUUCAGGUGCUGCUGCAGCUGGUGCAAGGACAGGAGGGCAGAAUGAGGGAGAGGAGGGGCUAGAGAGCCCAGUGGCAGGGGAGGAGGAGGAGGAGCAAGGCAACUUGGCCCGUGGUGCUGCUGUCCUUGACGCUCUAGCUGGUGGCCCCAUGUGGUUUGAAGCAUGGGGGGAUGAUGGAGGGAGGGGAGGGAGAGGGGGCGAGGGUGAGGGGAAUGGAGGGAGAGAUGAAGGUGGUGAGGAGGAGGGGGGUGGAGACGGUGCGAGGGAGAGGAUAGGCUUUGUCCGCAGCUUCCUGGAACUUGCCUGCCAGUGGAUUCCGGAUGACAAGCACCUGCAGGAGGCCCUGGUGCUGACGUCAGCUGCUGCUGCAUCUGCUACAGUGCCUGCUGCAGUACCUUCUGCGCUACCGCCCCUUUUGCCCCUUGCGCCUCAGCAUGUAGCGAAUCCCCUAGAUGGCACUGCAGUAGGGAAGAGCAGAGGAGGCACAGCGGCGGCCAUAGAAGCUCUUUUGGAGAGAGCGAGGGAGAGAGGGGUUACUGCUACAGGCGCUGCUACGACCUCUCACCACCACCACCUGCUACAGCCGGCGUCAGUACCAGACGCACACCUGCUCUUGGGCCAUCCUGAUUGGCCGAUAGGGUCAAGCAGGACAGGACCAGAGGAAACAAACAAGACAGCUUAUGCAGCCAAGUCGGUGCUUGCAGCUAAGGCAGAGGCGAAGAGGCUAUUAAAGAUGCGGCGGCAGGAUCUGGGGUUAUGGGCUGUCUACGCCCGGCUAGAGGCUGAGUGCGGCAAUCUGGAUGCCGCCCGGAAGGUUCUCGAGACGGCACUGGCGUCAGUGGCUGCUCUUCCCAAGUCCGCUGCCGAAGCCACGCCUCUCCUUGUGCUCGCAUACGCCCACAUCGAGCUAUCGCACUCCAGUCACUCCGCCAAGCAGCACUUGGAGCCACAGCAGCCAUGCCAGCAGACCAGCAAAAGGGGGCCUCGCCUGCACUGGACCAUCAACCAGCACUGGCGGUCCCUCCACACCCUCGCCUCCUUCGCCUCAUCUGACCCUUUUUCUGCCCCCCCACCGCUCCCCUCGCACCUUGGGCCAACUGAGGGGAAAGAGAGCGGCUCUAUGAACCACCACUCCUCCUGGGCAGCUUGUAAAUAUUUCCCCCAGGCUUCGCUGAUACGCGCGCGGGCAGGUUUCCACUUAAAGCUCCAAGAAGCAAAGAAAGCCCUUGCCUCUUCGGCUGCUGCUGCUGCUGCUGCUGCUGCUCCAAGUGCUGCAGCUGCUGCCGCUUGUCCUGCUGCAAACCCCUCUGCUGCUUCCUCUGCUUCUACUGGUGCUAUGAGUGACACCAGCAGUAGGUCGCUGAUACAUGAAGAGAGCAACAGAGCGCUGGCAGCGGUGGCUGUGGUGCUGUGUGCUUCCCUCUUUGAGCUCCUGGCUGCUCCCUCUCCCCCUGAAGGCGUCUCUGCUGCUGCUGCAGUGCUGGAUGCGAGCAUUGCUGCCGUGCUGCCAGGACGUCGCGGCUCCAGUUUGGCCCUGGAACUCAUAUUCGAACGAUACGCCUCCCUCUUGCUGCACGCUUUACCAGCCAUUCGCCCACAGCAGGUGCGGCGAGUGGUGCUGCAAGGUUUGAAGGAGUUCCCCAGCAACGUGCACCUUCUUGGCACCUUCCUGCGGCUGGAGUCGCGUAGUGCGUUCACCAACAGCAUCCGACGCUUCUUUGACCAAACGACCGCCAGGUUAUGUCAUCCCUCACCGCUGCUCUGGCUGCUCAGUCUCCUAGUCGAGGUGGCAAGGCCAGGGGCCCGUCCACGUGUGCGCGGGUUACUAGAACGGGCUCUUGCCAGCUCAGCGCAGGGCAGUGGCCAAUGUGUGCUGAUGUGGCGGCUGUACAUUGGCUACGAGCUCCGCAUCAGUAGGAAUGCUGAUGCUGCAAGGAGAGUGUUCUUCAGAGCCAUCCACGCGUGUCCUUGGUCAAAGGCCCUGUGGCUGGAUGCAUUUACGCAACUCCAGGGGGUGAUCAAAGGGGAGGAGUUGAACGAGCUUGCCAACAUGAUGAGGGACAAGGAGUUGCGUCUACGCACUGAUGUCUAUGAGAUCUUGCUUCAAGACGCCCAAUAAAGUUUGCAAGGUUGAGAGAGCUUGUGUGUAUGUAAAGCUGCUCAAUGGUGGUUAAGCGAUGGUUUUUAACUUGCUCUUUUGGUGUAGUUCAAGCUCGGUUACUGAUCGCCAGGUGGAGGAUUUUGGGUUGCCAGCGGGGAGUUCAAAGAUUUUCAUUGGCGUAU